CUGAAACUGAAAUAUCAAAUUCCGGGGCCAAGAGCUGGAGAUAUCCAGCUCAAAGCAGUUUGAACUAACUGAAGCAAGCUACAGUAAGGAUCAUUCAUACUUUCUACGCAACUAUACAUAAUCCUCUACUUUGGGACAUGGUUUUUCUGAAUUCAGGGGUUGACUACAGGAACUGGGAGUUUCCACACCUGUCAACGCAGUAACAAGGAAAGUUCCACGAAAAUAUUCCUUAACUUGGUGAAGGAAGUCGUUUUUGUUGGUCAUAUGUGGAGCCGAUUGCCUACGUUUGCUUCCUCUCCUGACAUCCUGAAUGCUAUGGUGAACCCACAGCCAACUCACCGGUGUCGUAUGAGAGCAAGCGUUGAGCCACCGCCCAUGUCCUGCGCUUAGGGGCUUCGCAGACGGGAUUUCAUGCCAACACACGAAAAUAUCGAUCCCCUUCAACCAACAUCCUCACACCCACCGAAACAGGCGUAUGACCACUCGCCUCCCUCUCCGUCUCCGAAUCCCAAAUCUCAGGCCCAGCCGUCCGUCCCUCCGCGACUAACGAUCUGGAAGCAAUCGCUAAAUCAACCCCAUGACAACGCAUCACCCACUCCACAUGCCCUGGAAAAUAUAGAUAGAAAAGACGCCUGCCUCCUCUCGCCCCCCCUCCAAAAACAUACCCCAAAAGUCCUCCCGAAGCCUCCCAUGUCCCCUCCACCUCCGGAAACCCCUCCCUCCACCCCAUUCCUGGCGCCCCGUCCAAAUUCCCCAUCACAACCGCAUUGCUCCCCACCCCCUCAAUCCGCUUCUGUUUAAGAGAGAGGUGGGCAGGGUUGGGCGGACGUUGGAUUCGGGUUCGGUGUUUGGGGAUGAGGAGGGGCAGUACUCUUAUAGGCAGAGGUGAUGGUGGAGGGAUGAUGCUGGUGGCCCGGGGGCUGAGUUGGGUUUGAAGAAGGAUGUUCGGGGCAGUUGGAGGAAGGGAUGAUGUCGUUUAUGGGCUAGUAGUACAUCCGGACGAUGAAUGGGUCGAGAGGUGUUGGGUGCCUGCGAGGGAUGUCCAUCCAUUUCAGCCAGUGAUUGAUUUUUCUAGGUUGGUUCUGCGUCGCGGCAGCGGCAGAGGCGUGAUAUCGCGGCCGAUUUGCUCGCCGAGGAUACCGGAUUCCUUCACUUAGCUAUUCGAGCACUCCGUACUAUAGGUGAUAUCCCGUCAUCGAUUCAUGGCAAUUCCGCAACGAGAAGACCGGUGUCGAAUGUCUUUCGUGGAUAUACCAAGAUGGCUCUGC